AUGAAUAAUUGUGGUGGAAUAGGAGGAGGAGCUUUGGGUGCAGUAGGUGGCCCCUAUGAUGCAAAAAUAGCAGGUCUCUAUGAUUUACUUGAUACCCUUGGCUCUGGACAUUUUGCUGUAGUAAAAUUAGCAAGGCAUGUCUUCACAGGGGAAAAAGUGGCAGUGAAAGUUAUAGACAAAAGUAAAUUAGAUGAAGUAUCUAAAUCGCAUUUAUUUCAGGAGGUUCGGUGUAUGAAGUUAGUGCAGCAUCCAAAUGUUGUUCGAUUGUAUGAAGUGAUAGACACACAGACAAAACUCUAUUUAAUAUUAGAGUUAGGUGAUGGAGGAGAUUUAUAUGACUACAUUAUGAGGCAUGAAUCUGGGUUAUCAGAAUCUCUUGCUCGUGAUUAUUUCCGUCAAAUAGUUCGUGCUAUUUCAUAUUGUCAUAGGUUACACGUGGUACAUCGUGACUUGAAACCUGAAAAUGUAGUAUUUUUUGAAAAACUAGGUGUAGUGAAAUUGACUGACUUUGGUUUUAGCAAUAAAUUCUGUCCAGGUCAAAAGUUAGAGACUUCUUGUGGUUCUUUGGCUUAUUCAGCUCCAGAAAUUUUAUUAGGUGAUUCAUAUGAUGCUCCAGCUGUUGAUGUUUGGUCGCUCGGAGUAAUUUUAUAUAUGUUAGUUUGUGGACAAGCCCCCUUCCAAGAGGCUAAUGAUAGUGAGACUUUAACAAUGAUAAUGGACUGUAAAUACACUAUACCUCCACAUAUAUCUAAGUCAUGUAAAAGGCUCAUAGGUAGAAUGCUUGUAAGAGAUCCGGAGAAAAGAGCAACUCUUUCUGAGAUAGCUACUGAUCCGUGGGUGACUGCUGGAGAAGGUAUCACUGUUGAAGAUUUUGACACUCCCUUAGUUACUAAAGAACAAUUAUCAGAUGAUGAUCGUUCUGCCAUAAUCCAAAAAAUGGUGAAUGGAACUAUAGCUACAAAAGAGGAAAUCCUAGAAUGUUUGGAGAAGAAUGACUAUAACCAUAUCACCGCUACUUAUUACCUCUUGGCAGAACGAAAGUUGAGAUCCAAACGGAUGGAGGCGAUACGGAGACAGGAGGCGACUGUGGGCGCGCGGCGGCCGGAGGUGCUGAGCGUGGCGCGCGGUGGUGGCGGUGGCGCGCCGCCGCCCGCGCGUAUGCUGCUGGCGCCGCCGCAACUCUCCGCCGCGCCGCGCACGCCGCAAGACGUACCACCGAGAUCCCGCAAAUGCAGUAUAGUGCGUGAAGAAGAAGACGAUGAGGAGCCAGCGGUGGCAAGUCAAGCGGAGACCCGGCGGGGUUCCCGGUCAGAGGGCCGGCUCCACCUGGCGGCGCGCGCCCACCCCGUCCCCCCCGCGGCGGCCAACCCCUCCCCCGCUACGAUGCCUCCCUCCAAUUCGCCUAGUGCAGCCCACCCGCAUCCACCCACCGUAGCACUGUCCGUGCAUUCCACGACACCCAAUUCGGCGCGACCAACGCAACUAGCUGACAACUUGACCAAGGUGAAUCUAGGCGAGGGUGGUGGGCGGGGCGCGGAAUGUCGCAGGCGGCGAGGUGGUUCAUGUUCAUCUUCGGACUUAUCCGAUGACGAUUCUGAGAAAAAGAAACGCGCCGCUGACCACCGGCCGCCGCCGGACCGCGCGCGUAGGGACUCUCACGACGACUCCUCCGAUAGUCAAGAACGAGGUAGCGGCGCUGGUGCGACCGCGCCGGGUAACGGUCGGAACGGGACCCGAGCUCUGACCGCUGGCGGGGCGGGGGCGGGGGCGGGCGCGGGUGCGGGGGCGGGGGAUGCACGUGGGGGCGGGGGCGGCGGCGGCGGCCGGAGGAGGCGCGGCGCUCGACACGAGAGCAGGCUAAGGGAGUCGCGCUCCCUGAACCGUAUAGCGGAGGUGGAGGAAGCAGCAGGUGCGCGAUGGGGAGGUGGCGGUAUCGUAGCUCUGUGUGGGCGACCGCUGCUUCGCUUGCUGGCGGCUGCUCGCCCCGCCCCCUCUGCACGUAGACUACAUGGACUGUGCUAG